CUCUAAAAUUAAUAUCUCCUCAAUUGUAAACAUGGAAGAAAAAUUGGCCCAAUACAGAGCAGCAAAGCAAAAACAGUAUUACAAGACUCAAACUUUGUCCGAGAGGCUUUUUAGAUUUUGCAGCUGGAUUCAACUUCCAUAUUUCAAAAAAGAGGACAAAACAACAACAGUUGCCACUAAUGAUUAUCCAAACCAAUACGUUCUGCAACCGAAACCCAAAUCAAUAAUCCAGAAGCUCUUGGACCACAUUCCAAGAUACAUACAGCUAUCAGUGCUAUUAUCAGUGUGGUUAGGACUUUGGUAUUAUUUCAUACAGUUACAAUUUGGUGCCGUUUAUUUUGCCAUAUCUGUACUGUUCAUAAUGUACUUCAGUAUGAGGACUGAGAGAGAUCCGAAUCAUUUAAGUGCUUAUUCUGUGUUUAAUAAAAAUUGUGAGAGAAUUGAUGGAACAUUUACUGCAGAACAACUAGAAAAAGAACUGAGAUUUGGACCAGGAUCUGUUCAUUGAUAUUAAUGUACAUGAUGUAAUGAAGAUAAUUUUGUGAUUAUUCAAUAACUUAUUUGUCUCACAAACAAAAGCAGUUUUACUGUGUCUGUGUUAAUCAAUAUAUUGAAAUGUGAUCUUAAAACAUUCAUGGCAUUGGAAUGAUCUAUUUUCCUAGUUUUAAUAUUGAUUCUUGUCUUACAGCAUGAACCAUGGAUCCUUUGUACAUGUUGUAAAUCAAUUUUAAUUUAAAUUAAUCCAAAAACUUUUGAAAAAUUUAAAAGGAUGUGAAAAAAGUAAUGCUUACAUCAUCAUGUAUAUAAAGCUGAAAAGGCUUGAUCCAAGUGACUUUUGUUUAAUUCUACUAGAACAAUUUUGUCUGUAACUCCUCUUAAACAAUCAGUUUUAAAAAACUAAGACACUAUAGAUCUUUGGUAACUGUGUGAGUUGAAUGGAAAGUGCUGUGAACAUUGAAUUGUGAUACCCAGUUAUUUUGUUUAUUUCUGUAUUGGUAAUUUAUUUUUAAGGUAUGAUGAAACACAUAAAACACAUCGGUCAACCUCCAAGCCCUUACUUUAAAAGUUAAAAUCAAUCUAAAAAAAGCGAGUAUUCUGUAAAGUUGGGAGAGAAAACAAUCUUUGACUAUCUGUAAACAAGGUAAAUGCUGUAUUUAAUCAUAUUUAACAUGUUUUAAGUUUUUUCAGUAAAACUAAUAGCAAGAGUAAUUCCUGCUUAAGUUGACUCCUUUUACGAUGUCAAAUAACUUGACUAUUGACCAUGAAAGUGUUGGAUUAAUGACUUACUAUGGUGAUUAAGACAUCAACUUUCAUAAUUUAUAGCCAUAAGAAAAAGUAUAUUUUUUUAUGUCCCUCAUAUUUUUGGUGUUAGUUUGCCAUCUGUAUUGCAAUACAACUGUUUAAUCCAUUUUAUUUUAUUUUUAUUAGAACUAACUUUGUACUGUCCCAUGAUCCUGUGUAUUUAUUAUUUUACUUUUUUUUGAGAAUGUUUUAUAUAUUGAGGUUUACUGAUACCACUAUAACACAUACUGGGGAUUCAUUAUUAUUUGUUGCAUAUCAAUUUUUGUGGAUUUCAUGGGUACGGUGGAACCAAUUUGUUAAAUUUUCUAUUGGAAUAUGUGCAGAAUUUUGCAAAACCACGAAAUUUAAUAUCCCAAGAAAUUGCAAGCUUUUCCUAAACCACUAUAAUUUGUAUUCACAAAAAUAAACUAGCCCACAAUAGUUAUGGUAGUCUCAGUUGCAAAAGUACUGACAGGAUGAGAUAUCUGAUGUAUAUAUUCAUUGUUUGUCUCGAUAUGCUGAGUUGAGAUUUUGAAAUCUUAACACUAAAUAAAAAAUGACUUAUUUGCAUAAAUGUACACUGAAUCUCUCAAUACAAAUUAACCUUUAUACUAGAUCUGAAUCAAAUCAAAUAAAUAAUUAAACUUUUAUUGUUACCCUGGUUUACAGAUGUGUGUAUGGAAAUAAUGAUCUGUUUAUUUAAAAAUAAACAUUUAUCAUCAGACAUCCCUGUAACUUGUGGAGUGGAUAAUGGUUGAGUUAAGUUUUGCUUAACCUUAUCAUUUUAUUACAAAAAGUUUAUUUGAGGUCAUAUAUUACAAUAUGUACAACUAUCUGAGAUGGUGGUGGCUCAUUUGGUUGAAUGACACUUAUUUUGUGCAGCUCAGAAUGUUGAUCAUUUUGAAAUUAUCACUACCCAAGUAAAUUUAUCUUUCAAUAUUUUUAUCUAGAAUCAGUAAAUGUCUAUUCCAUCCAUGUAGUCUUAUUUCGGAUUUGCUUGACCCAUUUUCAGAUCCUGGUAAAUGAUAUAUAUAUUUUUUGCACUUGUUAGGGUUAUGCAUCAAAUAUUUACCACUGGACAUUAAGCCAUCAAUUUGUUAAUCAUUUACCCUAACCUCAAUUUCUUUAUCAUUAUUUUCAUUUUUGGUGGAAAGGGAGAGCACUAUUACAUAUUUUUUUUAUAUCAAAAUCAUAGUUACAUUGUAGAUGCAAACAGUUAUUUCCCAUGAAAUAUAUCAUUGUUUUUAUGCUUAUUUUGUUAAAAAAACCCACCAAAAAACAACAAAUGGAAUGUCAUGUAUUUUUUGUUUAAUUGUGCAAUUGUGCAGAUAGGACUAAAUGUAAAAUAUUUAUAUACAUUGUUGUAUUUAUAAAUUGUGUAUUUUUGUUUUAAUACCAAUUUUGUCAUUUGGUUGAGCAAUUCUUUUU